GCGGCCUGCGAGGGAAGUUUCCUGCCGGCCUGGGUGAGCGGUGUGCCCCGCGAGCGGCUCCGCGACUUCCAGCACCACAAGCGAGUGGGCAACUACCUCAUCGGCAGCAGGAAGCUGGGCGAGGGCUCCUUCGCCAAGGUGCGCGAGGGGCUGCACGUGCUGACCGGAGAGAAGGUGGCCAUAAAAGUCAUCGACAAGAAGAGAGCCAAAAAGGACACUUAUGUCACCAAGAACCUUCGGCGAGAGGGGCAGAUUCAGCAGAUGAUCCGCCACCCCAACAUCACCCAGCUCCUUGAUAUCUUAGAGACGGAGAAUAGCUAUUACCUGGUCAUGGAGCUAUGUCCCGGGGGCAACCUCAUGCACAAGAUCUAUGAGAAGAAGCGGCUGGAGGAGUCUGAAGCCCGCAGAUACAUCAGGCAGCUCAUCUCUGCCGUGGAGCACCUGCACCGGGCUGGGGUGGUCCACAGGGACUUGAAGAUAGAAAAUUUGCUACUAGAUGAAGACAAUAACAUCAAGCUGAUUGACUUUGGUUUGAGCAACUGCGCGGGGAUCCUGGGCCACUCCGACCCGUUCAGCACACAGUGUGGCAGCCCAGCCUACGCCGCACCUGAACUUCUCGCCAGGAAGAAAUAUGGCCCCAAAAUCGAUGUCUGGUCCAUAGGUGUGAACAUGUAUGCCAUGUUGACUGGGACCCUGCCUUUCACGGUGGAGCCUUUUAGCCUGAGGGCUUUGUACCAGAAGAUGGUGGACAAGGAAAUGAACCCCCUCCCCACCCAGCUCUCCACAGGUGCCAUCAACUUCCUGCGCUCUCUUCUGGAACCAGAUCCUGUGAAGAGGCCCAAUAUUCAGCAAGCACUGGCGAAUCGCUGGCUUAAUGAGAAUUACACGGGCAAAGUGCCAUGUAAUGUCACCUAUCCCAACAGGAUUUCCCUGGAGGACCUGAGCCCAAGUGUGGUGCUUCACAUGACGGAGAAGCUGGGCUACAAGAACAGUGACGUGAUCAACACUGUGCUCUCCAACCGCGCCUGCCACAUCCUCGCCAUCUACUUCCUCUUAAACAAGAAACUCGAGCGCUAUUUGUCAGGGGUGAGUGGGGCCCUAGUGGCAGUUUUCUCUGCUCCCCGUGGAAAAAGGAGCUCUGCCUCCCUGGACACCUGGACAAGAGACCUUGACUUCCAUGCUGUGCAGGAUGAAAAGCCCAAAGAACAAGAAAAAAGAGGAGAUUUUCUUCAUCGGCCGUUUUCCAAGAAGUUGGACAAGAACGUGCCCUCGCACAAACAGCCCUCUGCCUCUCUCAUCUCGCAGAUUCAGAACACUAAAGCUCUGCUGAAGGACCGGAAGGCCCCCAAGUCCGGCUUCCCCGACAAAGAUUCCUUCGGCUGCCGCAAUAUUUUCCGCAAAACCUCAGACUCCAGUUGUGUGGCUUCUUCUUCCAUGGAGUUCAUCCCCGUCCCACCCCCCCGGACCCCCAGGAUUGUCAAGAGACCGGAGCCCCCUCAGCAGGGUCCUGGGGGCCCCGGCAUCCCCCCCAAGGAAGACCCCCUGGUGCUGGAUAUGGUACGCUCCUUUGCGUCCGUGGAUCGCGAGGACCACCCCGAACCUCUGUCCCCGUCUCAUCACUAUAGGGCUCUAGGCUCACCCGGGGGCUUGGCCCGCGGGAAUCCCGGCGAGCGGACGCUCUCCCCGGCCCUACUACCCGGAAGCCUGUCCCCUCUGCAAACUCCUUUGCAUCCCACUCUGGUCUCCUUUGCUCACGAAGAAAAGAACAGCCCCCCAAAGGAAGAGGGCAUGUGUUCCCCAACUCCGGCUCCCAGUAAUGGCACCACGCAGCCCCUGGGGAGCCCAAACUGCGUGAAAAGCCGGGGCAGGUUCCCCAUGAUGGGCAUCGGACAGAUGUUGCGGAAACGCCAGCAGAGCCUGCAGCCCUCCGCAGACAGGCCCCUGGAGGCCAGCCUGCCUCCGCUGCAGCCCAUGGCCCCCGUGAGCCUCUCCUUCGACGUGCCGGACGGGCUCAAGGGCCAGUGCUGACCUGGGCCAGGGGCAGGGUUCUGGGUAUUUCUGAGGAAAGUAACGGAACAGAGCUCCCCACGUGCAUCGGGGUGUGGAGAUUGGAAGGCCUCGUGGGCGCCUCCUUCAGGGCCUCUCCUCUCCCGCUGCCGGGCCGUGUCCCAGCUCUGAGCGGCUCACACCCACAGACCCAAAGCCUGCCGGGUUUGCGCAGGGACCCCGGAGAUGCUGGAAUUUUCCAGGAGGGGUGGCUAGAGGGGCAGCGUCCUCCUGUCCUCCUCCCGCCCACCCCUCCCCCAC